AUUUCUCAUCUCAUCAAUCCAACAAAGAUCACUUCACUUCAUUCCUACGACGUUCUAUAAUUCGCUGAUUCUGCAAUUUUCUGAAAUUUUAUUGGAACCUUAGUUUAUCCAUCAAUGGCGGAAUCCAAAGGCGCUCACAUCGUCGUCGAAAUCCCAGCCGACGACGAGCAGCACCACCACCAAAGCCUGAUUCCGGCGAUCCAGCACCACCCGCUGGCGGAGAUCUCCCAAAGCCCCGGCCAUUUCCUGCUCCUCAAGCUCUGGCAGCGCGAGGAGGACCUCGCCGGCCGGCGUACGGCGAGGAAGGAGUCGAGGAAGGACGCCGUCGGGAGGGAGAUCUUCCAGCUGUGCUGCUUCUUCUUCGUCUUCCACGGCCUCUUCCUGACGGUUCUGUUCACGUCUUCUCCGGCAGGGGACGACGACGACUGUCGUAAAAACUGGUGGAUCCCGGCAGUCCUGUCCGGAUGCACUUCUCUCGCCAUUGUAUCGCUUGUGCAAGUGAAGCUUUGCAGGUACUGGAAAGUGGAGCAGCAGUUGCAGAGGGAGCGGGCCGCGGGCCGGGCCCUGGCGAGGUGCAUACAGGAGCUGAGGAUGAAAGGCGCGAGCUUUGAUUUGGGGAAAGAGCCGCAGAAUGGGAGGAAGAUGAAGAGCUCCAGCGUGGAGAUCAGGUGGAAACCGCUGAAUUGGUUAUCUCAGUAUCGACUCAUCGUCUUCCUUGUCUGUUUUGCAGGUCUUCUGCUACCUUCCAGCAGAUUCAUCCUCUGCUCUUGAUCAAAUCUCAAUUCCGAAACAGGGUGCUGCAAAUUUUGGGCAGUUAUUGGAGACGAUGAUUAAUGGAGUCUCCAUCGCAAGGAAUGAAGCUCGAGUGGUCCGAUUGCUCUGUUCUGUCUGUUCGAUUCCACACACUAAAAAAUCAUCAGUGUAGUUGAUCUUACUCUUGCUUGGAAGUUUAGUUGCCAUAUUUAAUAUGCCAAUUUUGAACUGUAACUGCUGCAACACGUCUUGUGUUGCUUGCUCUGUUUCUUCGAUGUAUCUGGUACAAAGGUUUCUGACUUUGAUCAAGAAAUUGUUCAUGUUGAUUUUUUCUGAAAAUGGCAAAAUCCCCAACCGGAGAUUCCGUUUUGACUGAUUGACUGACUGAUAAAAAGCAGCAAGGAAAGCAAUCCAGAAUAAAAACGUGAUCUUUUUCGUCAUCGAUUAAAAUUAAUCCAUUCUCCCAAGUACAUGGAGAAAAAGAAGCUGCUAUGGCCCGCCAAUGCCGGGCUACGGCUGAGAUUGGUUUCCCACUGGCAAAAUCUAGCAAAAGCAACAUCCCAACUACCCUCCCGCCUCGCAUACGCCAAAUCGAUUCAGAUCAACAAAACGUCGCCGUUUUGAUAUUAGGGUUGGUGUUGCGGCACUUGCAGGGGAGAAAAGCUUCCCCCCAUGAUUGAGGGCAAAAUCAAUGAUGAUUGGCGACCACUUUAGGCACCUGUUGCAGCCCACCACAACGCUGCUCCUGCUUGUGUACAGUGGAAAAGCAUAUCCCCUUUUCGAUCUGGUAAAAGAACCUGGUGAAUUUGGGUAAAUGUAAAAAUUACAGAGACAGGGUGGGGAUAAAGAAUCGUCACCAACUGGGCACUGUAGAGAAGACAAGAGUUAUAAAUAGCAGUCAUUCUCAAGCAUCAACCAGAGGUAGCAGUAGUAAGUGGUCGUGGCUGUCGCCUAUUGGGUUGGACCAACCCCUCACCCCACCCCACCCCCUCAAUAAAUACACGCCCUACCUUUCGCAUUCUCCUCCCCUUCCCUUUUUACCGCCCCCCCUUUUGCUUUUUGUGCUCUGCCCUCCCCUCCCCUGCCUGCUCCACCGACGGGCCAUCGCUGUACCUUAUUGCCACGAAUAAAUACGCCAGCUGUUGUUGCUUGGAUUUCCAGUUCCAGUCGAGCUGUUUUGUUUGGUUAAUUUAAUCGGUGCUGCUGCCUGGAUCUGACUCACGGCGGUCGUAACCAUCCAUCGCGCUGUUGGGAACGAUGUCGUCCGGGAGGUACAUGGCCUACUCGCCGUCGCCGUCCGCUCCUCACUCGCCUCACAUCGCCGCCGCAUCUGGAGGAGGCAUCCGCGCCGCCGCCUCUGCUCUGGUUGAGCAGGAAAAUCUGUAGAUCUUGUGGACUCCAGUUGCUUCUGGCGAGUGAUUUAUUCAGUGAAAUUCUGCUUCAAGUCGUGGAUGACUGGAUAUUUACUCGCUAUUUAUUCAGUGAUUUAUACAGAAUCUUGUUGUGACAUGAACUAGAAGUUCGAUUGUAUUGUAUGCAGUGGAAAUACAAUUGUGUAUAUAUAUAUACAUACAUAUUUCAAACUGGAUCUGUGUAAUAUUUGUUUGGUUGGUUGGUUUUUGUUUGAAUUAUGUCUCUCCUUGUUAUUCAGAGAUUUCUGAGGUUCUUGUAACAAAUUUGCUAUUGGGGAUGAAUGGUAAAUUAAAGGUUCUCUUUCAAA